AUGAUAAAAAGUGUACUUAAAAAACACACAGACCCCGUAAUAUUACACAAUAUCCGAACACCUAACAAUAUAAUCACAGAACCCCAGGAAAUCAAAACUGCAAUACAGGAACAUUUCAAACACUGGACAAAAUUAAACCUAACUCAAACAGAACUAUGGAACGAAUGGGCAGACGAAUACAAACCAAUUCAAACAAUAGACCCAACAUGGUAUAAUACAAUCACGACAAAGAUCACAUCCUCCGAACUAGAGUUUAUAAUCAAAGAAGCACCCAACACAAAGGCUACUGGGCCCUCAAAAAUAUCAAAUGAAAU